AAGAAGCGCAAUCUGCCUUGUCACAGUCAUGUUACUCAAAGUCUUAACACUGUCCUGUUUCGCUUUAGGAUCUCUUCCUCACUUCCUUCUGAUUGAAGGUUCAGACGAUGUUAUUAAGAAAGAGGUGUGCUAUGGAAGAAAUGUAUACAUACCAUUUGAUUAUGUACCAACUUUUUACCCUGAACGGAUGUAUUUCACCCCGAGUAAAGGGGGAUCCCGGAAGAUAAUGAUGGAAAACGGGGAGGCGAAGGACCCACGCCUCAGGGUUUCCAGAACGUCACUUACUUUGACAGAUUUGACAGAAAGAGAUGAUGGAACUUUUUCGGUCUCAUUUAGUAUAGGACGCAUAUUCGAUAUCCUCAAAGUGAAAAUUUUGGAGUGUGCUGAAAAAGUGAAGAGGUCUUACAUGGAUAUGUACUCCCACAAUGUUCCUAGAGAGGCUGAAUUCUUGGAGUUCACUCCCAUCUUCAGACUGGACCAGUCAAGGGUCCUGUGGAAUCGCACAGACCCUCAGACCAAUACGGGAGGCAGAGGACAUGUGAAGCGUAAUGUCUGGGAGAUUUCAAAACUCACUCAGGCAGACAACGGCUUCUACAACUUCAGGAAAAAAGACAAGACUCUGAAAUCUAGGAUAAGGCUCAUAGUACAAGAGCACAAAACAUACUAUGAUGCAAAGGUGAACGAGGACCUCUACAUCACAUAUCCUGUGGCUUUUACCCCGUGGCACAUGGCCUUCACUCCUAAAGGGAGGAAAAAGAGCAUAAUGCUGAUGAGAGCUGGCAAUCUGGUUGAAGAAGACGACUCGAUGUCAGAAUCUUUGAAUUUAAUAGGGAGACUUCAGGAGGUGAAUGAAGGCAUAGAGAUUUCUCCUGUGGAAAGCACAGACUCUGGUGCCUUUGAGUUCAGAGACCAGGAGGGCAACCUGGUCCUUGUUGUGCAGGUGAAAGUAGAAGAUGAUUUUCCUCCUGCAUUUGUUUAUGUUGCUUUAAUUGCCGGCAUUAUCCUUGUGAUCGGCUGCUGCUGCUGCUUGAAGAAGCGCUGUUGUAAAAAGAGCUCUGCGAAAAGGGAGUCCACUCCUCAAACUGCAGCGGCACCUGCUGCAUAUUACCAUGGUAGAAAUCAACCUGAAGGCCCAAGUUACUCUGCUGCACCACCUCCUCCAGCUUACUCUCAUCAGCCUUAUAAUGCUCUGGGCACUCAAGAACCUACUAGAGAACCAACUACCUCCCUUGGGCCCCCGGCGUACAACCCAGUGGAUAUCCAUGUGAACAAGACUCAGCCUGAGGUUGCAGUUCCAGGAGGGCAGGGAGCAGCUCCAACUUUCUCACUGGGCUCCGAUUGUCUCUCCUCAGACUCUGGACCAACGUUUGAGCUGAAAGGAGUAAACUUUCCCUCUGCUCCUCCCCUCAGCUCAAACUCAGAUUAUAAUGAUGUUUACACCUCAGACAAACUCAACUUCCUGUAGGCAACACAAUGAAAGUUCAUGUGGUGCGGAGUUGACUUCAGCAUGGUGUUUUGUGACUAGCUGGCACAUAGCUACUUCAAUCCUUGACACAUGACCAAACUUAUCAUAAGUUACUCAGGGUAUGGGAUAUUGUCUUUUUUAAUGUAAAUACACACACUUAUGCAGCGUGAUCAAACAAAUUUGGGGCCAGCAGAGUAUUAUUAGCUUUGGGUUUUGUAUUUUUGAGAAUUUUAAACCUUUACUGGACAGCUUAUAGUAUAGAGACAGACAGAGACAAAGUAUUAAUAGUGUUUUAUCAGUUUACUCUUGAUAUCUUAAGUUGGUUGUAAGUCUAUUCCUACAUAUGCUGUAUUUCAAGAGUUAAGUGCCUCAUCAGAGCAUCUCUAUAAUAUAGAAUAUAAAACAACACACUACACUCAGCAAUUUAAGCCAUGGUUACUGACUUUACUAAUCUAUACAUAAUGUUUUUAUAUUGUUGUUUCAAACCUUUUUCAUGUUUCUUCAGGUUCAUAUAUAAAUGUGUCUGGAUUUUUGAGAAAUUAUGUGGUCUUUUUUUGUUUGUUUGUAAAACUGUGAACUGUUACCCUGUUUAUCUUUUCGCACAUUUGUAGAUCUUGUGUAAACUGGAGCUUUUUUUUCCAUAAACUCUUCUUUUGGCUUUGAGAAACUCCAUUAAUGUGAAAUUGUGAUAUUUGAUAUGUGGUAUAAAUAUUUGUAGAAAGAUGUGUGAUUAAACUUUGACCUUAACAUUUUCUCCUGGACUUUGAAAGCAUCAUGUAUUGCCUUGUCGGACUGUUUUAAAGCCCAGAGAAAAGCUGCAGCAGAAUGGAAACAAAAUCUCAAUAAUAGUUUAUUACUUGGCUGAUGUGGGAGACAGAUUAAAAGGAUUUAUCUUUGUCCAUGCAUGCCUCACCAUUUUAUUUAAAUGAAUUCUCUAAUUUAUAAGGAGGAAUGUUAAAUUGUCCUACUGAAGAUAAUCCAAGUGUACUUAAGCAGACAUGAGCUUUCUUGUACAAAAAAAAAUUGUAUUGUGACUUUACUUCAGAUAUCACAUUAACCUGCCUCUGUUACAUAAAUAAAACUGGUGCUGUGCA